AUGCCGGUGGACGAGUGGGCGUCGGCCGCCUGCCUCUUCGCGGGCAUCUGCGCCUCCGGCGCGGCGUCGGGGGGGGAGCUGAACCCGGCGCUGUGCGCGGGCAUGGUCUCCGAAGACAUCGCGUACCGUGGUGCGGAUGCGGAUGUCUCGAGUUUCUUCACGUUCUCCGCGUGGGAGUUCCUCGGCGGCCUCCUCGCGGCCUGCGCGGUGCGCGCCUCCCACGAGGGCCAGCCUCUGGAGAAGGCUCCCCUGCUGUCCAAGUGA